UUUAAAACAAAUUUGGACUAUUGCCAUAUUUCCGCUUAUUGAUCACGUAAUAAGCGUGCAGAUUGUUUUCUAACAUUGACAAUGAAAAUGUGUACAUAAUUAAAUUUUGUUAAGUUUUUAUUGAACACACGUAGAGCUAACACUGAGAACUUAGAAUGUUAUCAGAGUCUUAUAUAUAUUAUCUUACAAGUGAGGAUACUAGAAACUGGCGGCAGCUAUUGAAAUUUGGAAAAACUCUUGACAUCAAUGAAAGACGUAAAUUUUUAUGGUCAUGGCCAAACGAAGGAAAUUUACGAGAGUUUCAACUAGUUCUAAAGCAAUUGAGUAUAGACACAUUACUAAGUAUUGGUUGUGGUAAUGGCUUACUUGAGUGGAUUUUAAAGCAAAGCAUUGGUGUUAAUGUUUUCGGUUUAGAAUUUGAUCGAGCCUGGUGGCAGAGUAAAUAUGCUAUAAGAAGCUUCAUUCCAUUAAACUUCUAUGAAGAUUUAAAGCAGACAAAAAGUGAAAAUGAUUCAAGGAAUAUGUUACUAGAAUGUUGCCCAAGGUUAGAGUGGAAUUUUGCAUUACUUUUUUGUUAUUUUAAUAACAGAAUAGCAUUUGCAAACUACUUAAAUAUGUAUAAGGGGAACUACAUUAUAAUAAUUGGUCCAAACUCAGAUUCCAACAUACACACAAAUCCCAGUGCUCUGGAACCCAAUUUUCCAAACAAUGAAUGGCACUUGCAUGUUACUUUGAAAUUAGAUGAGAACGACGUAGUUGCAUUUUAUAAGAAAAUAACAAAAAAUAUUGCUUAAUAUAAAAUUUACUUAAA